AUGAGGCGGAUACUGGCAGCUGUGAGGCGAAACAUUGAAAAUAUGAAAAAGAGUCCUAAAGUGGCAGAUGAAAACAUGCUUGGAGAAGGAAAUGGAACUCAUGAGUUUCCAGUUAAUAUGGCUCACCAUACAAGGCAAGGGCGAAGUGGUCUUUCUCUGAUACAUAGCAUAGUUAAAGCUCCACUGACACUUGUAUCAUGUCUAUCUUCUCACCCACAUACCACCGAGGGGGUUUGGGUUUCCGGUGAGCUCAGACGGAUAUCAGACGUGAACCAUCUUAUGGUUAAUGACAGCAUGCGUUAUGCGAUCUUGAUGUGA